CACUCCUGUAAGUGCACCUUGGUCUUACCGAGCAAUCAUUCAUCUAAAUGACAAUCUUCCAGGAUCUCCACUUGCCGCACCAUCAAGAAGUAUUCUCUCAGGAGAAAGCAGGAAAGCUCAUCGAGGCAGUCACGCGUGUCCAAUUGAAGGUUAGUUGAUAUGCUCAUUCCACUUGCAUAGGCGCCGAGGUUCACCAUUUUAACUUUGCUCAGAAGGUCAUGGAGACUUAUGGCAAUACUUCAAGCGAUGUAGAAGCCUUGCUUGAUAGCCUAUUGGGAAACUCCAUCCGCGACUUCAAGUCCCGUAUCCCAAUCGGAGCGUAUCCAACCGUUGGUGUUCGAAUGGGCCAACUCAUCGUCAAGCAGCUACUCAUCCAAGGACACAGUCGCGCGAUGAUCGAAUCCUACUUAAAAGCUGCGGUCACGAUUGCGGGACGAGGAAAUCCGCUGUUUGACCCUACUAUCAAGCUCCAGCGAAAGUCUUUUGGUUGGGGCGACCUCUUAGGCGCACAAGCUACCUGCCUUAAAUCCCUCCCACUUAGCAUAUUCUUCGACCUCCGAUCCAACGACACAAGCCCCGAGUACCGGGACGUACACGCUUAUGCACAGGUCAUGGGUGCGACCAUGGGAGCCUUGCUGGAAACCUACCUCGAAAUAUCCCACGAAAUGAAUCAACCACAUGAUUCGGGCAAUGAGAUCAGAACCACGACCAUUGCUGCGAUUGAGGCUUGGAAGGAACAGGGUCCGGCUGGCGUGUUGAUUCAUAACUUGAGUUGGGACAAGAAGACUUCGGAUGCUUUCUUUAGUGGCUUGUUGGAGGGAUUUUAUUAGCUGAUGGUUGAGCGUUGACCAUUUGGGCUUCACCAGGCCUUGAAAUCCUGAGAGCCUGCUAUUGGGUGGCAAAUAUCAGCCGGAUUUUCUUUCUGCGACAAUGAGAUUGGGUCCGAUGACAGGACACGGGAGCUACCUUAGCAUGAGCAAUUGAAUUGAUGAAAUUCGUGG